AGGCCGCGGGAACGAGCUCACUGCCCAAUUACUGCCGAACCAGCCCGGGUCCCUCAUCGCGUCCUUGCCUCGGUCUCAGGCGCUGAGCACUACAACUCCCGGCAUGCCGUGAACUUGAUGGCCGAGGCUCGGGGGCGGUGUCCAGUGCUGCGGCCCUCCCAGCUCUCCCGUCGCGUCCUCUCCGCAGCCCUGGCAGCGCGCGGAGCUGGGACGCGAGCCAUGGAGGAGUCACCGCCCCCUCCUCUGAGCUCCAGCAAGCCGCACCUGGAGAAGCUGACCCUGGGAAUCACGCGCAUCCUAGAUGUUUGGCGAACUGGUAACACUUCAAGGCAAAACCUACCUAAGGAAUUAAACAACUCUGAAUCAUCCCCAGGUGUCACAGAGGUGACCAUCAUAGAAAAGCCACCUGCUGAACGUCAUAUGAUUUCUUCAUGGGAACAAAAAAAUAACUGUGUGCUGCCUGAGGAUGUGAAGAAUUUUUACCUGAUGACCAAUGGCUUCCAGAUGACAUGGAGCGUGAAGCUGGACAAUCACACCAUUCCACUGGGCAGCAUGGAAAUUAACAGUAUCACAAAACUGACUCAACUCAACCAGUCUUCCAUGUACUCACUUCCUAACGCACCAACUCUGGCUGAUCUCGAGGAUGAUACACAAGAAGCCCGUGGGAACCAGCCAGAGAAACCUCACUUUGACUCUCGCAGUGUGAUAUUUGAGCUGGAUCCUUGCAAUGGGAAUGGGAAGGUUUGCCUUGUCUACAAAAAAGGGAAGCCAGCAUUAGCGAAAGACACUGAGAUCUGGUUCCUGGACAGAGCAUUGUACUGGCAUUUUCUCACAGAUACCUUCACCGCCUACUACCGCCUGCUCAUCACACACCUGGGCCUGCCGCAGUGGCAGUAUGCCUUCACCAACUAUGGCGUUAGCCCGCAGGCCAAGCAAUGGUUCAACAUGUACAAACCCGUCACCUACAACACAAACCUGCUCUCCGAAGAGACUGACUCCUUUGUGAACAAGCUGGAUCCCAGCAAAGUGUUCAAGAGCAAGAACAAGAUCUUAAUUCCCAAAAAGAAAGGACCCGUUCAACCAGCAGGUGGCCAGAAAGGGCCUUCAGCUCCUCCCUCCACACCUAAAUCCUCCUCUGGCUCUGGAAACCCUGUCCGGAAAUGAGCGCGCCCGCCUCCAGGCCCCGGCCAGCCCAGAGCGCUGACAUCUUGCACACAUGCCCCGGGG